AUGUUUAAGUACAUACUCAAUAAGAUCAAGAAAAAGAUAUACCCUGAUCCCGAGUCCGAGAAGGCGAUAAUGGGGUCAGUGGUGUACUGCAUCCAUCACAAAGAGGGAUGCCAGUGGUCGGACGAGCUACGUAAAUUGAAGGCGCACCUGAACACGUGCAAGCACGAUGCCGUGUUGUGCGCGGCGCAGUGUGGCGCCAUGAUCCCGCGCGUGCUGAUGCAGGACCACCUCCGCUACACCUGCCCGAGGCGCAGGGCCAACUGCGAGCACUGCGGGAAGGAGUUCUCCGGCAGCGCCCUAGAGGAACAUCAGGGCAAUUGCGGCCACGAGCCGGUCUACUGCGAGAACAAGUGCGGCGCGAAGGUGCAGAGACGUCACACGCAGCAACACAGCCAGCAGCACUGCAGCAAGCGGCUGGUCCCUUGCAGACACUGCGGCCAGAAGUACACACAGGACUGCGUGUCUGCGCACGGAGCGAGCUGCAGCCGCGCGCCUGUGCCCUGCCCGCAGCGCAGCGCCGGCUGCGCGGCGUUGCCAGCCCGCGACGAGCUGGAAGCGCACCUACGCGACCACUGCGCCGCCGCGCUGCCCUGCCCCUACCGCGACGCCGGCUGCCGCUUCAAGGGCACGCGCGCGGCAGUGGAGCGCCACGCGGAGGAGAGCUGCCAGCAGCACGUGGCGCUGCUGGCGGCCGUGGCGGGGCGGCAAGCCCGCCAGCUGGACGCGCUGCGGGCGGCCGUGGCGCGGCUGGCCGUCAACUGCACGGGCGCGCUGGUGUGGCGCAUCUCCGACUGGGCGGCCAAGAUGGCGGAGGCCAAGGCGAAGGACGGCGUCGAGCUGCUGUCGCCCGCCUUCUACACCAGCCAGUACGGGUACAAGCUGCAGGCGUCGCUGUUCCUGAACGGCAACGGCGCCGGCGAGUCGACGCACGUCUCCGUGUACAUCAAGAUCCUGCCGGGCGAGUACGACGCGCUGCUGCGCUGGCCGUUCGCGCACGCCGUGUCGUUCACGCUGUUCGACCAGGGCGCCGGCCCCGAGCGCGCGUGCAACAUCGUCGAGAGCUUCGCGCCCGACCCCGCCUGGAAGAACUUCCAGCGGCCCUCGCGGGAGCCCGACGCGCUCGGCUUCGGCUUCCCGCGCUUCGUCUCGCACGAGAUGCUCAAGAAGCGCAACUUCGUCCGGGACGACGUGAUGUUCCUCCGCGUCAAGGUCGACCCGGGCAAGAUCGUCGCCGUG